AUCAGUAUCAUCAACCUGUUGUUGUAUGUGGAAAACUUUUCGAUCCGUCGAUGUGUCUUAAAAACUAAAAACUGUUCUAUUACACAAGAGUUGAAUUUUUGUAUCAAACAGCAUUCUACUCAUAACAGUCUAUUUUAGGUGAAAGCGAUUUCGUUUUAUUUCGUUUGGCCACGACGUAAAGAAGUUCAAAAGCUGAAAGAAGAUGGCUGCGGGAAGUGCACCUUUGGAAGAUAAGAGCUAUUUUCAGCGGUUUUGUGAUUACAUGAGCCAUGAUACCAAAGGAGUAGAGAUUGUCACAUACACGGUAUCCGGAAUUCUGUUCGUAGUUGCGUACAAUAAAAUCAGACCGAUAACCCGCUUCGGUAAACCUUCGGACAUUCCGAACCACUUCAUCCGAGAGCAGAUUCCACAGUACGGUCGUGUUCGUAAGAUCGAACCUUCCAUUCAAUCCGGCCCGCUGCUCAUCGUCAAACACCGUCCUCCGCUCAAUGUGUUCUUCUGGUCCAAUAAAACUCUCCCGGUCAAGGUGGCCGGAGUUGACCUCAACGCCAACGGAUACUCGUGGCUUCAAUCGGUUGUCGUCGAUCGGCAGGUCACAUUUCUUCCCGUCAAAGCUGACACCGGCAAAGAUUACGUUGAAUGUAGCGUGUGGUUUAACGAGUUUUCAUCGGACAAGAAAUGGCUCAGAAAGGUCGAUUUGGGCCAAGCGCUGCUACAGUUGGGUUUUGCCAAGCUAAGUGUCCCAGUGCCACGGACGAAGAUUGUCAGCAAGGAUCCCUACGAACAGCAGAUUCAUGCGUACUUUAUGAAGUUGGCUCACAGUGAAAAUCUGGCGAAGGGUCGACGAAUCGGACUUUGGCAGCAAGCUCUUCCACCGAAGGUACUGCCCGCGCGGCUUUGGCAGACCAUGUGGGACAGCAUGGUUCAACGUCUGUCGCCUUCGUCGCACCGUGUGCCAGAAUUGGUACGAUGAACGGCAUCAUUAUUAGCAUCAGUAGCGCAGCCCUCCGUGUCCCAAACAAGCGCAACAAAUCAGCCAAGUAUAGCAUUAACUCGACUUUUUUGUUUUUACAAAAAAUGACAAACACUUGUUAGUUGUUGCUGAGUUGAAUAGUAUUUCCUUUACACAAUCGUCAAUUUGCUAAGAAAG